AUGUGGUUACAAGACAAACAAGUCUGUAGCACAUGGGGUAACUACCACUUCAAGAAAUUUGAUGGAGACAUUUUCCACCUACCAUCCACUUGUAAUUAUAUCAUGUGUGCAAUGUGUGGGAGCACCUAUGAGGAUUUCAACAUUCAGAUGAGACGGAAAGUGAUAAAUGACCAACCAACUAUCACUAACAUCACAAUGAAGUUGAACAGCACCGUGGUGGAGCUCACCAAAAACUCUGUCAGGAUAGAUGGAUCACUGGUGACUCUACCCUUUCGCCACUCUGGUGUUCUUAUUGAUAAGAGUUCCUUUUACAUCAAAGUCACUGCUAAGCUCGGACUAGUGGCCAAAUGGAAUGAGGAUGACUCUUUCACAGUUGAACUGGACAUGAUGUACCAAAAUAAGACCUGCGGUUUGUGUGGAGACUUCAAUGGCAUCCAGAUACACAAUGAGUUCAUAAAAUAUGUUUUUCCUACAAAUCUGACAUCAGUAUGUGAGCAGCUGCUCUCAGGCCCAUCUUUCAAUAGCUGUAAGGACCUCGUACCCCUCGACUUAUUCAUCAAAGCCUGUGAAUUGGACAUGUGCUACUGCACCAACAGGACCAGAUCCUUUUGUUUUUGCAGAACCAUCUCGGAAUACUCUCGCCAAUGUAAACAGGCAGGUGGAACGCCUGACUCGUGGAGGACUCAGCAGUUCUGUGGUAAAUCAUGUCCAUACCACAAUAUGGUGCACCAAGAAUGUGGAAACCCUUGUAGUAACACUUGUUCAAACCCUGACAGAGGUCAUAUUUGUAAGGACCACUGUAUCGAUGGGUGUUUCUGUCCUGCAGGAUACCUGUUUGAUGACCUCACUGGUAGAGGCUGUAUUGCCAAGAAUCAGUGUCCCUGCAUCCACAAUGGAAUAAUAUACAAACCUGGACAAACUUACAGAAGUAACUGUAAAGAAUGGUCCUACUCGCCCCGCUCUGCACGGGCCUUGAACCCGGGUCUCCAGCGCUCUAACGAGGAGGAUAAAGACUUAAAGUUUAAAAUAAAGAAUGAUAAGUUGGAUCAUAUACAUUCAUAUGAAAUCACCAACUUGUAUAAUACUAAGGAAUACUUACAUCAAGACUUAUGUAUGUGCAGUACCUGUAAAGGUAGGAGAUGGCAAUGUACCACAAACCUGUGCCAUGGAACCUGCACAGUUUAUGGAGAUGGCCAUUUCAUUACAUUUGAUGGGAAAAGAUACACUUUUGAUGGAGACUGCGAAUACACAUUAAUCAGAGAUUAUUGUGGUCGUACCAAUGCCAGUGCUACUUUCAGUGUUCUCACCGAAAACAUACCAUGUGGAACUACUGGCACCACUUGCUCUAAGGCUGUCAGAGUCUUCCUUGGGAACAAGGAGAUUAAAUUGACAGAUGCGGGUUAUCAGAUUAUUCAUAGAGAUGAGGGGGAGGACAUUCCUUAUCAAAUUUGGAUAAGAGGAAUUUACAUGGUCAUUGAGGCAAACAAUGGUCUAAUUGUCAUGUGGGACCAAAGGACAAAUAUCUUCAUCAAACUCAGUCCGAAUUUUAAGGGUACUGUUUGUGGUCUUUGUGGGAACUAUGAUGGGAACGCAAACAACGAAUUCAUGUUGAGAAGUCAGGAGGUGGUAAUUGAACCCUUGGACUUUGGAAAUGAUUGGAAAGAGUCCUCUAGCUGUCCUGUUGCUAUGGAAAUUAGAAAUCCCUGCUCAAGUAACCCUUACAGGGAAUCAUGGGCUCAGAAACAAUGUAGUAUCAUUACAAGUCAAGUUUUUACAACAUGUCAUUCUCAAGUGGAUCCCAGUCAUUUUUAUAAUGCUUGUGUGAGAGACUCAUGUGCUUGUGAUAGCGGUGGAGAUCGUGACUGUUUGUGUGCUGCUAUAGCAGCCUAUGCACAAGCCUGUAAUGAGGCUGGAACCUGUAUUGCGUGGAGAACCCCUAAAAUAUGCCCAUUGUUCUGUGAUUAUUACAACCCUUUGGAUGAAUGCGAGUGGCAUUACAAACCUUGUGGAGCUCCCUGUAUGCAAACCUGCAGAAAUCCAACUGGGCAGUGCUCAAGCCAGAUACUAGCACUUGAAGGUUGUUACCCCAAAUGUCCCUCUGGACAUCCUUACUUUGAUGAGGAUACAAUGAAAUGUGUUAAAAGUGAGCAAUGUGGCUGCUAUGAUAAACAGGGGAAACAUUACAGCAAUCAUGAGAGAGUUCCUUCAACAGAAAACUUCCUUAAGUACAGCUGCUACAACAAUGUCAACAACAAGCAUACAUCUACCACCAAAUAUGACAUCAGCAGGUUUCCCUGCUGUUACAAGCAUCACAAAGGAUUAUUCAACAAAUUCUGCUGGUACACCUUCACCAACAUUUUCAAACAGCAUGCCUACACCACCAACUAUAACAUCAACAAGCAAUAUUUCAUUCACAAGAAUAAGCAUAUCAACAACUACAGCACCAACUUCCACAAUGAUUUCUGCCAUGCCUUCAGUUUCUUCAACAAGCAGAUUUACACCAAAAGUUACUACACCAACAGUCCAGAGUUCCCCUACGGUCCAGAAUUCCUCCAGUAUUACAAGCAUGUCUACAACACAAACAUCUACAACUCCAUCAACAACUUCUCCAACAUCCACAACAUUGAAAACAAGCAUCUCUACUCUUAG